GCAAGAAGGCGGCCGUUCACCCCGCCGCUUGUCUUCACACCUUUAAUACUCCUCUGUGUGCCUCUGACGUUCUCCGGAGCCUGGAGCUCUCCAAUCCCGUAAACAAGAACACCAAGGCUACACUCAGAAGUUCAAGGAGGCGUGGCUUAGGGACCGGAAGAACGUCCGGUUGCCAAGGGAACCCCACGCGCCUAGGCGCCGGCCCAGCCACUGAUGCUCCGGCUGAGGCACAGGCAGCCGAUUCACCCAACUUGUAGAAGCGGCAUUGCUCAGGAGCAGGAAUUCUUACAGAAGCGGCAUAGAGACGAAGGCUGAGAGACGCCCGAUAUUUAUCCCACAAACGGAUACGAGCGAGUGGUCCUUUCCUGUUCUCUUCAGCCCCUGGGUCCGCAGGGUUGACUUCAAAAACCAGCUGGUUUGUAAAUAUUUGAAUCACAAUAUGGGAUUGCUAGACAGACUUUCAGGCUUGCUUGGCCUAAAGAAGAAGGAGGUUCAUGUUUUGUGCCUUGGGCUGGAUAAUAGUGGCAAAACAACAAUCAUUAACAAACUUAAACCUUCAAAUGCUCAAUCACAAGAUAUAGUUCCAACCAUAGGAUUCAGCAUAGAGAAAUUCAAAUCAUCCAGUUUGUCUUUUACAGUGUUUGACAUGUCAGGUCAAGGAAGAUACAGAAAUCUCUGGGAACACUAUUAUAAAGAAGGACAAGCCAUUAUUUUUGUCAUUGAUAGUAGUGAUAGAUUAAGAAUGGUUGUGGCCAAAGAAGAACUUGAUACUCUGCUAAAUCAUCCAGAUAUUAAGCACCGCCGAAUACCAAUCUUAUUUUUUGCAAACAAAAUGGAUCUUAGAGAUGCAGUGACGUCUGUAAAAGUGUCUCAGCUGCUGUGUUUAGAGAACAUCAAAGAUAAACCAUGGCAUAUUUGUGCUAGUGAUGCCAUAAAAGGAGAAGGAUUGCAAGAAGGUGUAGACUGGCUUCAAGAAAAAACAAUCGAAUCAGAUCCAGGCUGUGAAGACAUGAAAAGAUAGUAUUUGGAAACCUCAACAGUUUUCAAUUCAAGGAAUGUAUCUUAAGGCACACUGAAUACUUCAUAUUUUUUAAAAGAUGUUUGUGCAUCUAGGAAUACUUCAUAAUCUUCUGCUUGCAUUUAUGGACUCUGAAUGAACUUUUUAAGAACAUAGGACUUCAGGUAUGCUAAUCUGACCAUUAAUUUUAUUAAAACUAAAUCAUUCCUCAGAAGGGCUCCUUCUCCAGAAUUAUCAACUUCUUAGUAAAAGUCUACAUUUGAUUGUAAUUAGAAUGUUUAAACUGAGAGUUAUAAGCCACCUCAAUAUCUCAUCAUGAUUUAUAGUAUGUUUAAUGCAUCUUUUUCAAAUUGUCUUACAAAGUUUAGUUUAUGGUAUGACUUUGCAGUAUGAUUGUGUUUGGAAAAAGAACUUUAAAUAUUUAUAAGGGACCAUGGGUAAUUAAUAUAUACAUAAAAUUUUUACUAUAUGUCACUAUCAAUAAACUUAAUAUACAAUGUACAAACUAGUGUACUUUGUUUACACUGAAAAGAAUAAUGCUGUGUUAAUGUAAUAUUUAGUGUUUUACUGUCAAGCAUUUGUAAGUUUUCUGAGACUAAAUGAAGCUGAAUUUAUUUAUCCAAUGAAUGUGUAUUGAACCUCUCUGUACCUAUACUAGUCCGAUAUUGUCCCAGGCAAUGGUGAUACAAGGUAAAUAAAUCAAGACAUAUUCUUUAUCCAUAGAGAACUUAAAAUUAAUGAGGGUGAUUUUGAGAACCUUUUCAAACAUAGUAUCAUUUUAUUUUUGGCUACAUGACUAUCUUGGAUUUUAAGAUUAAGAGGUAUGCAAAUGAACUAAUGAUUCUUAAAUAAUUACUUUAACUGACUUCUUAUUUCUUUAAAAUGCCUCCAAUUACUAUAGCACUUUCUUAAAAUAAAUUGUGACUCACCAAACUGUAUUUUUCGUGAGCAUAAACUGAUAAAAAAAAUGUUGUUUAGAAUUUUAGACACAUCUCAGGUAUCUUCUCUAUGCAAAUUGUGUUAGUUCUCAAAACUUAAUUAGAGACCACUUAAAAUUGUGAUCUCUGAGUAGAAGCUUUCAUUUUAAAUUAACCACUAGAAAACAGUAUAUAGAGCAAGGGUGUCAAUCCUGAAAAACACUACAUAUAAAGAACAACUGUAAUAUACAAUGUGGAAAACAUCUUACCAUGUCCUUAGCUGUGAAAAUGAUAAAAACAGGAGGCAAGGGGCACCUGGGUGGCUCAGUCAGUUGAGCUACUGCCUUCAGCUCCUGCCCUUUUCUCUCAAAUACACAAAAUAUUUAAAGAAAAUAAAAAUUAAAAAGGAGGCAAAAGAUAAGUGAGUAAUACUAGGUACAUUACUGUAACUGUGGUACUGGUUGUAUAUGCCAUAGAGAUUUGAAUUGAAAUAGUUUUAAAAGUAAAGUUCUGUAAUUCAGUUUCUCUUAGGCCAAAAAUCCCAGUGGUUUGGAAUCUGAUAAAUUAAAAGUUAUCCAGAAUAUUUGUAUAGCCCAGCAUUUUAGCUAGCUUACAGGCCUCUGUUUUGAUGAGGAUACAAAGUGAGAUUCUCAUUAAUCUAGAGUUGCCUCAAAUAUAAAAGGGACCUGAAAACACUGAAUGUAGUUUAACAAAAUACUUAUAUUCUAUUGUUCUGGAGGAUAGGAGAAUAGUUUAGGAGGAUGAGUAUAUUAGAGUUCAAAUCCUUAUCCACCAGAAUGAUUGUAAUACUUCAAUAAUAAUAACUAUCACUAUAUGAACAAUAUAUAAUAGCUAUCACAAUAAUAAUAAUAGCUAUCACCAUAUGAACAAUAUAUAAUAGCUUUCACAAUAGUAAUAAUAGCUAUCACUAUAUGAACACUAUAUUUUGAGCUAGAUAUUACUACACAUACUGGAUUUUGCAUUAUUUAAUUGUCGCAAUAACCUUGUGUGGUAGGUAGGUUUUAUUAUUUCAUAGACAAGGAAACAGAGACCUGAAAAAAUUACUUGCUAAAUGGCACUAGUAAAUGCUGGUGCUAUGAUUUGGAACCAAACCAUCUGUUUAAGAUAGAUGAAUUCAAGAGACAAGAGUAUUACAGAUAAUAGAAAUACAGAGCUAUCUGCCACAAGGAUAGCGAAAAGGAUUGAAAAGGCUCUCAUUGGGGUGGGAGACCAGGAUGGGGAUGGGAAAGUCAGAGAAAAGUGACUACUAUUUUGUUUUGUUUUUGAUUGUUUCUUCUUUUAAGUCUCUGAAUACUUCAGAUUUUCAACUCCGGAUAUAAAUGAGUAAUAAAAAUACUUUUUAAAACUACACUGAUACUAAAUUAAUGAGUACUGCACAAACUGCUGUAACUCAUACCUGUGCAAAUAUUUAGGAGAGAGAAAAGUUUCCAUGAUCUCCAAAUCUAGUUUAUGCUCUAUUAACAUCUAUUCUGCUGUACAUUUUCAUGUGAAGAUUAUGUAGAAGCACAUUGGACUAUAGGAUGCCAUAAAAGUGUGGAUAAGCUGAGGUUAUUGCAUUUGUAUUUAACAUGGUAUACAAUUAAAAUUUAUUUCAUUAAAACUCAA